AUCAUCAAUGACCACAAAUGUAUAAAAAACAUUUGAAAACCCUCAAUUCUUGUCGUCUCAUUCUGCUCCAAGUUACACAAGAUCUAACCAGAAUGCUUCAACAACAUGAAUGAUCAACAAGAUAAUUACAAAGAUCCAGAAACAGUCAUCAAAUACGAGGAAUUCCAUGGCGCAUUCAACGAAGAUGACUAUAUAGACAUCCCACCAGAUGGAGGUUAUGGUUGGUUCUGCACAGCAUACAUCUCUGCAAUGAAUUUUGCAACAUGGGGUCCAAAUUGUGCAUGGGGAGUUUUCCUAUCAUUUUACCUCAAGAAUCCAGAUCUAUUCCCUGGUGGUACCGCUACAGAUUUUGGACUAAUUGGUGGGAUUAUUGUGUUUUUAACACUCUGUGUCAUUCCUUAUAGUGCAGUGUUGUUGUUGAAGAUUGGGUAUAGAUGGACUUUAGCUUUGGGGAUAAUGAUUCAAUUGGGCGGAUAUAUUGGUGCUAGUUUUGCUACAACUAUUGGUCAAUUGUAUGUCACACAAGGUUUAUUGAUUGGUAUUUCGUUUGGGUUGAUAUUUGGAGCAAAUAGUAUUGUCUUACCUUCAUGCCAUAUAGGAGUUGGCCUUGGUGGUGCUGUAUUUGCUCCAUCUAUUGAUAAACUAUUGCAGAAAACUGGGAAUCAUAAGUGGGCUUAUAGAAUGUUGGCUAUUGUUUCAUUUGUUAUAUGCUCCUCCAUGAUGUUUUUAAUCAAAGUGAGAGUCCCUAAAAACAGCACAAUUCAAAAUAAGCAAGAUAAAUCAAUCAAACAAGUUUUCAGGCAUAUUUUCGAUUAUAGAGUUUGGAAAAGUUUACCACUACAACUAGCUACAUUAUGGGCGUGUCUCAUUGCAUUUGGUUAUUACAUUUGCUUAUUCAGUCUUUCAAAUUAUGCAACCACAUUGGGUUAUUCACAACAUCAAGCUAUGAUUGUCACUGUGGUUUUAAAUUUAAGUCAAGCUGUAGGAAGACCACUAAUGGGGGUCUUUAGUGAAUUAUUUGGUCGUGUUAAUUUCACAAUGUUUGCUACACUAUACUCAUUGGUUUUAAUAUUUGCAUUUUGGAUAAACUUGACAAAUUACUCUUCAUUAAUAGUUUUUGCAAUCAUGCUGGGCUUACUGUUUGGUAUCGGAUCGGUUAAUGUUGUUCCAUUGGUUGUUGAUGUUGUUGGAUUGAACUCAUUUGCUGCAGGGUUAGGGUGGGCAAACACAUUUACUGGGACAAUGUCCUUAAUUGCAGAAGUUAUUGCAUUGAAUCUGAGAGAUUAUACAUUGACCAGACACACCCCAUAUUUUUAUUGUCAAAUAUUUGUUGGUUGUAUGUAUUUCUUAGCAUUGAUAUCUUUGAUCCCAUAUAGACAGUGGAAAGUCAAAAGAAUGUUGUAUCAAUUGAAGAAUUCCAAAACAGUUUCAGAAGAUCAAAGACAAGAAUUUAUGGAGUUGUAUGAAGAUAGAGGGGUUAAAGGCUAUGUGAAAAGAGCAUUCAUGGCUACAAAGGUUUAG